AUCAACGUGCAGCGCCUGCUGCAGGCGGCCGAGUACCUGGAGCGCAGGGAGCGAGAGUGUGAGCACGGCUACGCCUCCGCCUUCCCCGCGCUCCCCAGCCCCGAGGCCAAGCCGGCGCGCAGGCUGAGCCGGGCCAGGAAGCACAGCAGCGGGGGCAGCACCGCCGGCACGGCCAGCAGGUCUACGCACAAUGAACUAGAAAAGAACCGGCGAGCUCACCUCCGCCUGUGUUUAGAGCGCUUAAAAGUUCUGAUACCACUAGGACCAGACUGCACCCGGCACACGACGCUUGGGCUGCUGAACAAAGCCAAAGCACAUAUCAAGAAACUUGAAGAGGCCGAAAGGAGAAGCCAACACCAGCUCGAGAACCUGGAACGAGAACAAAGAUUCCUGAAGAGGCGACUGGAGCAGCUACAAGGGUCUCAGGAGAUAGAGCGAAUACGAAUGGACAGCAUCGGCUCAACCAUUUCCUCCGAUCGCUCAGAUUCGGAACGAGAAGAGAUUGAAGUGGACGUCGAAAGCACAGAGUUCUCCCAUGGAGAAGUGGACAAUAUCAGCACAACCAGCAUCAGUGACAUUGAUGAUCACAGCAGCUUGCAGAGCAUGGGCAGUGACGAGGGUUACUCCAGCUCCAGUGUCAAACUGUCAUUCACUUCCUAAAACAAAAACAGGACUCCAGUCUAGUGCAGAUCACUUCCCUGGGGCAAUCUGAAUUCCAACUGGGUCCUCCUAGCUGGCAGUAUCCUCUUUCAGAAAUGACGUGUCAACAGUGAGAUCUGUAAACAUGGUCCCUUGGGUGAUGGAUGCCUCCGUAGCAACCCAUCUACACUCAUUUGGUUGUGUUGCAAAAUCUCAAUUUCCACUGGUAAGAGGUUGGGCUGAAUUCUAGUCCUUCAGAAGUCAGGGACAUUCGUUUCAGCGGUGCUGGGAUUUGGGCUUUAAUGAUGAGUGACCUUGCUUUGACUUUUAUUUAUUUGAAAGAGGAUACUGGCAGUUCAGCUCCUUCUCUCCCUCUCUCUCCUCCUCCCCACCCUUUCCUCCUCUCCUCCCCCUCCUUUCUGUCAUGAGAUCUAGGAACGACCCAAUUUUCCUCUGAUGUAUUCAGAUUGAGCACCUUGGUUAAGACCCUUCUAAAAUGUUUGUGGGCCCAAAAGGACGCUCUCCUCCUGGCCGAUCCCAAUCGAGCAUUUUUAGACCACAGCAGGAAGUCGCAGCAUCUCUGCUUCUGAAGGCUGAUCAUGUAGCUUGUGAAUAAUAAUGAGGAACCCAAUUCAUGCCCAGGGAGAGGGAGGCAGCAGUGAAGUACGUUCACAAGAGAUCACCGUUCAGCCCAGCUUUUUAUUGGACGCCGUUUAAAGCAAGUACCUCUACCGCAUUGCUAGCACUAAGGUACUACAGCUAAUCUACCAGCACACAGUGGGCUGCUUUGUGGAGUCAGGCUGUGACCCUACCAGCAGUAUUCCCCUGUAGACACACGUACACACACACACACACACGUACACACACACACGUACACAAUCGAGGACAGAAAGAUAUCAGCACAUAAGACAUGAUUGUGCUGGAAAGUCAUGUCCAGAUACUGAGCCACUAUGACCUUUUUAUUUAAAGAUUUUUUGAUAAACAUUUGUAAAUGUGUUGGGAGAAGAAGAAAAACACGCACCAAAUGUGACAUGUCUUUUUAGAGCUUGUCCAUUUGAAACCUUUGGUGUCUUUCUUUUUAUAACAAAUUAACAUGACUGGAGAAAGUAUCUGUGUGGUGAAGCACUUGACCCCGGGAAACCUGAAGAUGCUCUUUGCCAUGCACGAGAUGAACCAUGUCUGCGCUAGCUGGGAAAGGUUGGGUUGGCUGGUUUGGUUUAGUUUGGAUUCCUUGUUUAGAGUCAUUCCCCUUUUGCAUACCUGAUUCUUUACAAGUAGUUCCAGUCCAGUAGUUAACAUAGUCGAGCACAGCACUUCUGUUAACGUAACGUUUUACCUACACAGUCCCCUCACAAGGGCAGCCUCCAUCCUACCUGUGCAGAUGCUGUUGCUGUCAAGAGCUAAUGUAUUGAAUCUUUUAUACUUUUCUUUGAGACGAGUUUUCUAACCUGCACUUUGAGGGCUUUGCUUGCUUUUUUUUUUUGUCUUUUUAAUGGCUUCAUUUUGUUUUCCAAGUUAAAAACCUUCCCCUAUAGACCUCACCUCAUUGUUUGAAACUUUGUAUACCUUUAAGUAAUUUAACUUUCCCUCGUUACUAAGGAAAAAAAAAAAAAAAGAAAGAAAAGAGGAAAAAAAUGCUUUAUAAGAUUCAUAACUUAUUGCUGAUUUGAAUGGGUUGUUAAUUUCAGUCCUGUAGAUUUUAUUUUAUUGUUUUUAGGUAGGGAUGGGCAAAAAAGUAAAAUAAAAAAAAAAUAAAGACAACAUUAUUUAGCAGUGCAGUGGAAUUGUGUUUAAAUGUUAGCCUAUGUCCCCCCACUAAAGUAGCACUUUAAUGCCAUUAAACAUUUCUGUAUUUGAAA